GACCUCCCAACCAAACUUUCCGGUUGUCCGUCCUCACGCCUUCUGGAAGCUGCAGCGACUCAGGCAAGCGAGCCAAAACUCAAGUCGACAAAAAUGGGAGCCAAGUUGAAAUUAGCUUAUUGGGACAUUCGCGGGCUGGCUCAGCCUAUUCGCCUGCUGCUGGAGUACACGGAGACGCCGUACGAGGAGAAGUUCUUUUCGUGCGGGGAAGCGCCCGACUACGACAAGAGCUGCUGGUUUGACGUGAAGCCCCAUCUCGGGAUGGACUUUCCCAACUUGCCGUACUUGGAGGACGGCGACAGGAAGAUCGUGCAGAGCAACGCAAUCAUGAGAUAUAUUGCCCGGAAGCACAAUUUAUGUGGACAGAGCGAGGAUGAGAAGGUCCGUGUGGACAUCUUGGAGAACCAGGCGAUGGACUUUCGGAAUGGCUUUGUGAGGUUGUGUUACACCGACUUUGACAAGUUGAAGCCAGGGUACCUGCAAGCACUGCCGGAUGUGCUGAAGCAGUUCUCUAAAUUCUUGGGAGGCCGGAAGUGGUUCGCUGGUGAAAAGAUUACGUUCGUGGACUUCAUCAUGUACGAGCUGUUGGACCAACACAGGAUGUUUCAGCCCACCUGCCUAGCUGACUUCAAGAAUCUCCAAGACUUUCUGGAUUGUUUUGAGGGACUCGAGAAGAUUGCCGCCUACAUGAAAUCGAACAGAUUCAUGAAGACCCCCGUCAACAACAAGAUGGCCAAAUGGGGCAACAAGAAAGAGUAAAGAAGUCCCAAGAAAUAAAGUACAAAUAAUCUUCAGCAAAAUUCUACAGUCGUCCAAAACAGUCUUCCCGUAUCCAGUACUACAUUUGUGGAUUGGAUUCCGAAGAUAAUGCUGACAUUUUGAAAAGCCGCUUUUCGAGACCUGUUAAACGUGGCGGCGUUCAGCAGAUUAAACGUGAUCUCUUUCGCA